AUGUUCCGACGACGGCCAGAGGAGCUGCGGGGCCACCCCGGAGAGGGCGAGAACGAAGAGACAGAAGCGCUACUGAGCCAGGAGGAGCCCGGCACCGGACCCCCAGCAGAGAAAUAUUCCUCAAAGGGCAAGACACCCAGCUCUUCGAGCCGUUGUUGGCCGCCUCCUGCAAAUGCCAGAAGCCCUCUGGCACUUUGCAUGGUGCUUGCAACCCUGAGUUUUACUAUCUGGACGCUGCCGGCUCCCACGUUGCUUGGGAAGCUGGACCUUUUGCGGCAAAGCUGGCGCCUGAACAAGGUACUGGAUGAAGUUUCCGAGUUGAGGGCCAAGAUCAAGGCUGCCGAACUUGAGAAGACAAACCUGGAGCAGGCUCUCGUGGCUGAGAAGGCUCGGAGCGAAGAUCUCCGGGAGAGGCUGAGUGCAUCUGAUGGCACGACACAGUCCUCUAAAACGGAGUUGUCCAAUCAGCAGGACAUGGCUGGAGGUUUGCGGUCAGCGAACCAGAAGCUCGAGGAGGAGUUGGAGAAAGAGCAGAGGGAGAGGAAGCGAAUCCUCCACGAUCUGCAACGUCUCAAGCGAACCGAACUCAAGGACUUGGAGAGUUUGGACUCCGAAAUAUCUGCCGUGGCACCUCCGCCGGCACACUAG